AUGCAGGGAGUCUCAAUAGUACUUAUGCAGGAACCAUACGUUGGGGCGAAAGCUCACGUCACCCUAGGCUCGAAUUAUCGUGUUGUCCAAAAAGUUAGUCACGACAAAAAUAAACCAGUCAGAUCGGCAAUCGUUGUUUUAAAUCCAAACAUACAGUACACUGUAAAUCCAGACCUUAUUACAGAAGAUAUUGUCACAAUCACAAUCAAAGUAGAUUAUAAGAAAAUAGGUAUAAUUAGUAUUUACUUGCACGAAAAAGGAAACAUCGAUGAAGAUCUCGCUAAAAUUAACCAACUCACAAGGGUUGUGGACACAAGUGACUACAUAAUUGCAGGAGACGUUAAUGCAAAAAGUGUCUGGUGGGGAUGUGAUGCGGAUGAUAAAAGAGGUACUCAUAUAAUGGAGACAAUAGCUGAACUAAAUCUAGAAAUUGUCAAUACUGGCAGAAACCCAACAUUCGCAGCUUAUAGAAUGGGCAAGCUUUGCUCUAGCAUUAUAGAUGUAACAGCGUGUUCAGUUUCUUUAAUAAAUAAAAUCAAGAACUGGAGAGUUGAUGAAAUAUUUAGCACUUUGUCAAACCACAAACCAAUAUUAUAUGAGCUUGUUCUAGAGAAUUCUAUACCAGAAAAGACAAUUAUCAGCACACGAAAGUUUGAUACUAGGAAAGCUAACUGGGAAGCAUUCAAACAGGAACUCACGAUAGAACUAAGUGGCAAACAAGUAAACAAGGAAAUAAUAGAACAAAUUAAGACAACACAAGAUAUGGACAUUAUGAUUGAUAAAUAUACGCAAUGCAUUUCAUCGGCAUGUUUUAAAGUAAUCCCCACAAUAAAGUCCAAGAAAACAAAGAAAGCAGCAAUUUGGUGGACUAAAGAGCUCAAACUUAAAAAAGAGGAAAUGGUUAGGACAAGACGAAGAAUUCGUAAUGCGCACCCUAAAAGACGUAAGCUUGUUAUAGAACUCUAUCUAAAAGCAAGAGAUGAAUACAUCCACAGCAUAGAAACAGCUGCAACACAAAGUUGGAAAGAUCUAUGCAGCACCGAAGAGAAGGAAAACGUAUGGCAACGGACCUACAGAAUCCUCAAAGUUUGUUCUAACACCGAAGAAGAGAAGCUACUACGCAAUAAAGACGGUACGAUUCUCAGCGAAAGGGAAUCGGCCAAUCUAUUGGCCGAAACCUUUUUCCCGUGGGACAGCGUUGACACCGAUACUGAAGAGCAAGUUAAUCUAAGGAAUAGUGUACAGGAAUUAACAAGAAAACUAGAAAAUAACACAUUAAAAACAGUACAGCCUUUUACAACAGCAGAAAUCGAACAUGUCUUCCAUAACAUGAACCCAAAAAAGGCACCGGGCGGAGACAGUUUAACCUCAGACAUCUGCCAAGCGGCUUAUGAAAACGACCCAGAAAUUGCCUUGAGUCUAAUUAAUCAAUGUCUAAAGCUUGGCUAUUUCCCAACAAAGUGGAAAAUAGCAACCAUCAAAAUUAUACCCAAGCCAAAUAAAGAAGAUUAUUCUAUUCCCAAAUCAUAUAGACCUAUAGGCUUACUACCGAUACUAGGAAAAUUAUUGGAGAAACUAUUUGUAAACAGGCUACAAUGGCAACUCGGACACGAUAAUAAGAUGAACAAUAGGCAAUAUGGGUUCACGCCACAACGGAGUACUGAAGAUGCCCUUUACGACACCACCACUGCAAUCAAAACCGGACUUCGCAAAAAGGAAAUUGUCGCACUAGUGUCACUUGAUAUUGAAGGCGCAUUUGAUAAUGCAUGGUGGCCAGCAAUCAUCUACCAACUACAAGCCAAACAAGCAGAAACUUCUAUUCUCAGACUAGUAACAAGCUACCUAUCCAACAGAGUAAUCGAUUUAGGAUAUGCUGGAGAAAUCGUAACGCGACCUACAAAUAAGGGAUGCAUUCAGGGCUCUACUUGUGGUCCAAUAUUAUGGAAUAUUUUAUUAGAUUCCCUUUUACAAGCAACACAAGACCUAAGCACUCAUGUCCAAGCUUUCGCGGACGACAUACUCUUGAUAGGCACCAACAACAAUGGAGAACAACUAGAGAAAGAUCUAAACCACACCCUAAAACUUAUAUCAGACUGGGGAAAAGAGUACAAGUUAAAAUUUGCACCGCAUAAAACCCAAGCAAUAAUUAUUACGAAAAAACUGAAAUUCCACACUCCUAAAUUGUACAUGGAAGGAAUAGAGCUGACUUACACAGAACAUCUGACAAUAUUAGGCCUUACGAUCGAUAAGAAUUUUAACUUUAAACCACACUUAGACAAUAUUAGUCGCAAAGCAGUAAAUCUUUAUAAAAUGGUGUCCAAAGCGGCAAGAGCACAAUGGGGACUCAACUCAGACAUAGUCCGCACAAUAUAUACUGCUGUAGUAGAACCAACGGUGCUGUAUGCGACUUUUCAGCAUAAGAAUCUGCAAAGGCCAUAA